AUGAAAACGUCCGCACUCAUACAAAUCCUCUCACUCUACACCUCGCUAAAAGACAGUUGGGCAAAUGAUAAAGUAAUCGAGACAAAACUUUAUGACUGGAUUAUAAAAAACAAUUAUGAGCCGGAGAUGAUAUUUAGAACGGUGUACAAUGAACGAGCUCAUGUAAAGUUUGCAUCUCUUUUAGCGUUUUUGUAUAUACGAGGAGUUGGAACGAAGGCUGAUGCUGAAGAAGCAUUUCGUUUGAGUCAUUUUGCCGCGUCGCAUGGUGAUUUAAGAACACUCUACUGGUACAAACAAGCAUCUGAUUCAGGAAACGCGCAAGCUCAAUCGCAUCUCGCGUUCUGUUAUCAACAAGGAAUCGGGUUGAAAAAAGAUGUAGUGUAUGCCGUAAAGCUAUAUGCAAAGUCUGCGAGAAGUGGGAAUUGUGGAGCACAGAAUGAAUUAGGGAAUUGUUACAUAUACGGGCUCGGCAUAAAAAGAAACGACGUUACUGGAUUCUACUGGUACUCGCAAUCCGCCAAACGCAAAAACAAACUCGGACAACUCACUGUCGCGCAUUCACAUAAAUGCGGGCAAGGAACCGUGCGUGAUAUUCAUGAGGCGAUACGAUAUUAUCGAAAAGCGAUUUCGCAAGGUGCAAAGGCGGUGGCGUUUUAUGAGUUGAUGAAUCAUUCUUGGAUGAGUGAUGAUUCAAGUGAACGAGUUUUACAAUAG